GGCUAUCUCUCCCCAUCUUCCUCGUUAUUGGAGUUUUUGUACGAUAGUCAAUUAUUCCGCGAAUUUUGCAGCUGUCAUUUAAUAUCGGCCACAAUGGAGGUGCCUCAAACCCCAGCUCCGAUAACACCGACAGACAGGAGCGGCAGUGGCAAGCAUCAAACUAGACAUCGCACACGGCUGCGUAAGGCCUGCCAACGAUGCAGGUCCAGAAAACAGCGAUGCGAUGGGCGACGACCGGCAUGCGAAAACUGCGCAUCUGCUAACGCUGAAUGCAUCCCUGCAGCCCAGGAGCCGAUGGGUUUCUACCCUUCAAGAUACGUUCAAUCCCUCGAAGAGCACAUAGCAAAUUUGGAACGCGGUGCAGAAGACGAGGCUAGAACGGCUGGGAGCCCCCUCCAGCAACUGGUCCCUACUAUAGCAAGCUUUUCGGGCGAUGGCUUCGUACAAGACCUGACAAUGCAGCCAAAUGCCCCUGCGCCAAUCGAGUCCAAUAUUAACGACUUAUACUCUAUUCUAGACGAAGACCUGCGCGGUAUGCCAGAUUAUGCGAAUGCAUCCUCCAAUGCCACUGAUUCUACACCUGCCUUUAUGGAUCUCGAUGUCCCUGUAAGGAGUGGGGCGGGCUACUUCCAGGCGUAUUUCGAACUUAUCCAUCCACGAUACCCUUUUCUCGACGUCGAAGAGUGCAGUAAAGCAUACCAGCAGUGGAAGGCUGGAUUUGUUCCAUCCCAGAAUGAUAUAUGGUCAAAGUUUCUUGUCAAGAUGAUCUUCGCAAUCGGCUGCAUUUUACAAUCCUCCAGGCUGGAUCAAUCAGCACAAGGGUUACACAGUGACUUGAUAACCCAAGCCGAAGCAAGCCAGAGCAUCAUGACAAAUGAAUCAAAUACCCCAUUACUCCGUCUGCAGGCGAUGCUAUUAUACACGAUUUAUGCCCUUCAUGGUGAUAGCGCAUCGCGCAUCGUUCACAUUACAGGCGUAGCAAUGCGCUUCGCCGUACUACACGGAUUCCACCAGAUUCAAAAUGGGGAGGCGGCACAGAACACAUUGAAUAUAAAGGCCUUCUCGUGUGUUUACGCAAUCGAUCGAAUGGUUAGCAUCGUAUUGCGUCUCCCAAUAUAUCCUGCCGAUGAGUGGAUCACAACACCUCUCUACGAAAGCCAAGACGACGGCCAAUUUUACAUGCCUUGGGCUCUUGAUGCUCCUGGACUGUUUGCCGGUCGUCUAUACACUUAUAACUUGAGAUACUUCUCACAUUCGUGCAAAAUCCGACAAAUCCAAUCAGAUAUCAUCAGCAAGGCCCAACUAAUUGACGACCAACAUCUUGCGACGUACAUUUCCCAUGCAGAGGAAAGGAUCAACGUUUGGGCAGACAUGGAGAACAUCUCUUUGUGCGGGUACAGAUCAGAAUGCAAAAUCAACAGACUACUACAUGGCUGAUAAUCACAGUCAGAUAAAUUCGGAAGGAUACUCGAGCUCCACCGGAUUGAUACACUUGGCGAACAUUACCCGUGUGGUGCUCUACAGUUCUAUAUUGAUUGAUGUGUCAUCCUCGAAUACUGAUGAGCUGCUACAAGCUUGCUGUGAUCUUAGCAGGACAUGCCGACUGCUAGAAACAAAAAGACAAAUACCAAAACCAUGGCUUGAUAUGAUUGCCCACUUCCAGAACGCUG